CAACUGCAGUGGAUCAGCGUUUUUUAGAGAUGCCUUCUGCCCCUAUGCCAGCAUUAACAGCAAUAAGAGUUGAUCAAGUGCGGGAGUAGGAGGGGCCGCUGGGAAUCUGCGCGUGGAGCUUUGCAGGAGCAUUUCAGAGUGUCUGAAAUGUGCUAUACGGGCAGAGGAACUCCUCUCAGACUUGCUGUGGUGGUGAUACUGUUCUCGUCGGGAACGCCGUGGACUUUCCGAGAGGAGAAGGAGGAUGUGGACAGAGAAGUGUGUUCAGAGAACAAAAUCGCAACGACGAAAUACCCGUGCGUAAAAUCCACAGGAGAGGUGACCACAUGCUACAGAAAGAAGUGCUGUGAAGGUUUUAAGUUUGUACUGGGACAGUGUAUUCCAGAAGACUAUGAUGUGUGCGCUGGCGCCCCAUGUGAACAGCAGUGUACCGAUCAUUUUGGCCGUGUGGUGUGCACCUGUUAUCCUGGGUAUCGCUAUGACCGGGAACGACAUAGAAAGCGUGAGAAACCAUACUGCCUGGACAUUGAUGAAUGUGCCAACAAUAACGAGACGGUGUGCUCACAGAUCUGUGUGAACACCCCUGGCAGCUACCGGUGUGAGUGCGAGAAAGGCUUCUACCUAGAGGAUGAUGGGAAAACAUGCACCAAGGGCGAGCGAGCUCCACUGUUUGAGAAAUCAGACAAUGUCAUGAAAGAAGGAACGUGCUCGGCCACAUGUGAAGACUUCCAUCAGAUGAAGAUGACCGUUCUCCAACUCAAACAGAAGAUUGCCGUAUUGCCAAGCAGCACAGAGGUCAAUAAACAGAUGACCAAUGAAAAGAUGAUGAUGACACAUUCGUUCUUACCUGGACCUCCAGGGCCACCUGGGCCUGCAGGGAGCCCAGGGCCCAAAGGUUCCCCUGGUCCCCCAGGACAAAUGGGGCCACCAGGCAUGCCUGGUCCCAGAGGCGACAUGGGGCCCAUGGGACCCUCACCAGACCUGUCGCAUAUCAAACAGGGACGCCGUGGCCAAGUGGGUCCACCCGGGGCUCCAGGGAGAGAUGGCAUGAAGGGAGAGAGAGGGGUCCCCGGCCCUUCCGGACCUCCAGGCCCGCCAGGAUCCUUUGACUUCCUGUUACUCAUGAUGGCUGACAUUCGUAACGACAUCGCAGAGUUGCAGAACAAAGUGUUCAGCAGACCAUUACACUCCGUAGAGGAUUUCCCAUCUGCCCCGGACAAUUGGAGGGACACCCAGGAAAGCCUGGACUUUGGCUCUGGAGAAGACAAACCCCAGAUCCCGCCUAAGAGCACCAGGAAAAGGAAAUUGCCCCGGACCUUAAAUAAUCCAGAUUGGCCAAUUUAAGAUUGCCCUCAAAGAGUGCCAGAACUGAAAGAAAGAACUGAUUGUAGAGAGAAUGAGUAGUGUAAAUAUCACAGAACGACUAUUUAAUGUAUACUCGCUGAAAAAGGCUGAAUGUAUUUCAUUGUACGAAAUUUCUAUUUUUAUAAUAUAAAGGAUGUACAUUUUGUAUUUUGGGCAUUUUGAACGUGUCAUUUGUCUACCAAAUAACUAACAGGUUACUUAUACCAUAGUUCUCUUGUUCUAGGGCCAGAUUCACGGAACAUUAAGAAUCAAAUUCUUCUUAACUGCUGAUUUGCUGAUAUUUUCU